GGCAGAGACUAGUCAGAAGCCCGAAUCCCAAGUGUUUAGUCCAUCAUCUGCACCACCAGAGGCAGAUAGGGAUGUAACCAUUCAAGAGGACGGUGAUGUGCAUUCCCAGGAAGAGAGAAUUGGGGAGACGAGAGGGGAACAUACCGGAGGCCAGCUGUCACAGGAUUCGGUGGGGGACACCAAUUUAAAUAAGCACCCUGGUCCUUCUGACCCUAGUACUCUUUGUACAGAAAAGGCAGAGUAUAGUAGGAAUCGGCCCAAGAGAGGGGUGAAACCAGUGAUUAGGUUAAGUUAUGAGAGACCAGGAAUACAGACUAAUGUUCCAUUAACUAUUGUCCAUAGGGGAAUGGUAGUUCAAAUAUGCCAGUCAACAGAAUCAGCGAGGACAGACUGUAAAACUUUUUGGUGUCACCCUCUGGCCCAAUGUGUAAACUGUGUCAGGGCAUGCAUAUCUAGAAAGGAUAAUAAUAGUUUAAGGAUUUUCAUGGGGACAUGAAAAGAUUUAGAUGGGGGAGGGUGUAACCCGGGUAAAAUAAUAAGUAUUGUGAAUGUCUUUAUAUUUGUGUAAUUAAGUUGCUUUAUUCUAGAAAGGUGAGAAAUGUUAUGGUGGUUUAACCGGUGUUAAUUUAUGAUUGGUUGUUCCGUUUGUCUGUCUGUUAGCUCAUUCACUGUUAAGCUGGGGGCGGGAAAAAGGAGAGAGCGGGAAGGGCUAGAAGGAAAUGGUGGAGUUUUUUCUGUGUUUGGGACGAGAUAUAGUUUUUGUAACUACGUAGUCCCUGGGUUUGGGGGAAAAAAGCUUAAAAAGCGAUGGCGUAUGUGUGCGGUGAACGGACAGUGAAUGUGCUUAUAUACCCACUGGGUUUUACGGUUCCUAAAACGCCAUUCGCAAGAAUAGGUUAAUGUUAGCUUGCCAACGCGGGGAGCUGACGCCAUGAUAGGAGUGGACCAGUCGAAAGCUAAGCGAACGGCGAAGUUUUCACAGUGGAAUAACCAAGGGGACUGACGUCCGUCCGGAAGAACGAGAGAGGGGCAGCGGUGGAUUUAGAGCGUUGUGGCUCGCCACCACACUGCUUUGUGAGAACCGGCGUGGGACGUGCACUGGAGGGGACUUUUGGACACCUGUUCGCCUCGUGGAGAGGAUACAGCUACUUUUUCCAACUCAAGAAACAGGCCUGCAUCGUUCAGUUAAUGGGUACCCAUUUCGUUUAAUUCCAUGUGAAAUCGAUGUAAUGUUAUUCUCGAUUUAUUUUCCAUUUGUUCUGUGGUUUAGGGUUAUACAAUGUGUAAGGAGUUUGUGGGGUACGGGACUGAUUUAUAUUAAAUUGUGUUAUAUUUAAAUUGUGAUUGUUGACUGUAUUGCGGGGGAAGGUUUUACGGGAGGGAAAGGGUGUGUGCGUUUCAUAUACAAGUGAACGGGACAAAGAGACAAAGUGGUAGUAACAUAUGGUAUAUUUGGGGUCAGUUUAAUAUAUACGUAUUAUGAACCCAGUGUUCUGCCGCAGCAACCUCGGAUUUAGUUAGACCGGGGAGGGUAGGGAGCGCUACACAAGUGGGGGCUCAUCCGGGAUAUUGUUAUAACACUAGUCUCUUUGAUACUGUUUCCUUUGUUGAUACUGUUUCCUUUGUAAGGAUAGCUAGCCAUGGAUUUGAGAUCCCAUCCUGUAUUGCAAGCUGAACUAGGUGUUUGGUGCGGUGAAGAGCUGGUGGAUCCCAGUCACGCUAUCUUACUACUUGGAGUGCCAGCAGAGGCUGAAAUAGAGCACAUUGAGGCCACUGUGGAGACUGUCAAAGUCUUAGGUAGAGUGAGAGUUCGUAGUACUAAGCCUGGUCCUACCCAAAACACCAUGUCAGUGCUGUGUGAGUGUCGGGAGAACAUAGACGUCACGCGCCUACCCACUACCCUGAAACCCUCAGGUGGUGAUCAAACAUGGGAAAUUGUAGCUGGUAAAAGGCCUGAUCCCACUGCUUUUAGCACAAAGCUGAGUGACUUUUUGUUGAGUGAAGGAAAGUCUAUGAGUGACCUUCAGUCUAUGUUUACCUCUCUGUCCACUAGUGCAACUUCUCCGGAGUCCAUCAUUCGAGCUAUGGGGGAGGUAUUAGAGAAGUCAGCCAAGCAAUCUACUGACAGUAGUUCUUAUAGAAGGCUGAGAGUGUUUUCAGGGAUUUCACCCACGCCAGUCGGUGAAGAAACUGUGGAGCAUUGGUUGGAGCAGGCUCAGCUCAUGAUAUCAGAGUGUGAAUGUUCUGAAAAAGAAAAGCGCAGACGCAUUAUGGAGAGCCUAAGGGGCGCCGCCUUUGAAAUGAUUAAAGCAGUGAGACUCUCUAAUCCGGAUGCUUCCUCUAAGGAGUAUGUUGAUGCUAUAGAAAGUGCUUUUGGUUCUUCUGAGUCUGGGGAGGACCUUUAUUUUGCUUUCAGGAUGCUCCGCCAGCAGACUGGUGAACUAUUGUCAGAUUUCCUUCGUCGUAUGGAGAUGACCCUUUCACAAGUGGUAAAAAGGGGUGGUUUGGCUCAUUCUCAUAUGAAUAGAGCCAGAGUAGAACAGCUAAUUAGAGGUGCGGUUCAAUCUGAUAUAAUGCUAUUACAGUUGAGACUUAGAGAGAGGAAAGAGGACCCCCCUACUUUCUUAACUCUUCUCAAUGAGAUACGGGAAGCGGAGGAAAUUGAAGCAGCUAGACACAAAAUUGAUGCCUCAGUGAAACAGGUGAAAUUUCAGUCAGAGGGGAGCACCAGCCCAUCUGUGGUUCAGGAGCUUAAGGCUGAGAUCUGCGAAUUAAAAGCUAGACUUGGGGAGGUCUCCAAAGAGCCCACACUGCCCACUAAAUUAUCGGAAGAUAAGAAGAAAACGCUUACCAAAUGUUCUGAUAAUGGUGGAGAGUCCGAGAUGCAAUUCUUGAAGCAACAAGUAGAGCAGUUGCAACAACAGAUCACUGUUAUGAAGGUUGGGAAAAGCACAGAGAAUGCACCAGAAAAUGUGUCAGUAAAGUCCCAAUCUGUUAUGAGUAGAGAUGACUUCUUUUGCUACCGGUGUGGAGAAGAUGGCCACCUCUCUGCAAAAUGUCAGGCUGCUGAAAACCCUUCCCAAGUUAUCUAAAAACUGCUUCGGUCUCUUCAGAAAGCCAAGCGAGGGAAGACCUCCCCACGACCCGAUGUCAGCAAUAAAGUUUGUUUCUCAAAGAAGAGCCAGGUGAGCGAAGA